AUGAAAAAAGCUAUUACUUGGACGACUUUGGCCUUGAGCUUGCUGCCAAUCCCCGUGGCUGCUCAAGGCCAAGUCAAUGUCACCAUUCCCUCCGGCACCAUUAUCGGCAGCUCAGUUGACGAUGUCGACAUUUUCAGCGGAAUUCCUUUCGCCGAUCCGCCGAUUGGUGAAUUGCGAUUCAAGCCACCGCAAUCUUUGUCAACUCACCUUGGGGAUUUUGACGCCACAAAGAAAGCCAAGCUGUGCUCCCAAGGACGCAUCCUCAGUGCCCCGUCCAGCUCUCAGGCGACACUUCUUGCCCUAGAAGCCGAGAGGGAGUCGUUCGGUAACCCAGUGCCUCCGGAGAACGAAUCCGAGGACUGCUUGACCGUCACUGUCCAUCGACCUGCAGGCACCGAAGCUGGCGAUGACCUGCCGGUGCUCUUCUACAUAUUCGGAGGAGGCUUUGUGAUUGGAGGCACAUCGGCGAUAGUCAAUGAUCCCACCGUGUUUGUUCAGACCGGCAUCGACCUCGGAAAACCCUUCAUCUUUGCAGCUGUCAACUAUCGCGUUGGAGGCUGGGGCUUCAUGCCAGGAGCUGAAAUCUUGCGUGAUGGAAGCGCCAAUGCUGGUCUUCUCGAUCAGCGCAAGGGCCUUGAAUGGGUAGCUGACAACAUUGCUGCUUUUGGCGGCGAUCCGUCCAAGGUUACCAUCUGGGGACAGUCUUCUGGCUCAAUCUCCGUCUUUGACCAGCUGGUUCUCUACGACGGCGACAACACGUACAAUGGCAAUCCUCUCUUCCGCGCCGCAAUCAUGAAUUCGGGGUCCGUCACUCCUGUCGACCCUAUGGAUUCUGACAAAGCCCAAGCGGUGUAUGAGCACGUUGUCAGAGAGGCCAAUUGCGAAGGCGACGAUUCUUUGGGUUGUCUUAGGGGACUGUCCAACGAGGAUUUCACGGCGGCGGCUAAUUCGAUUCCUGGCCUGUUAUCGUACGAGUCCUUGGCCCUCUCCUAUCUCCCUAGACCAGAUGGCAGUGUCUUGACAUCGAGUCCUCAUGUCCUGGCGCGACAAGGCAAGUUCCCUGCGGUACCGAUGAUUUUCGGCACGCAGGAAGACGAGGGAACUCUGUUCAGCUUCUUCCAGGGGGACAUGGGCUCUACAGACAUCAUCACCGACUACCUCGACCGUCUCUACUUCCCCAAUGCCGAUCGGAGCCUGGUCAAGUCGUUUGUCGAGACUUACAGCGAACGACUUGAAGACGGAAGCCCGUAUCGCACAGGUACUUAUGGAGGCUUGUUCCCUUACCCAGGCAAAAAGAGAAUCGCCUCUAUCCUGGGCGACAUCGUCUUCACCCUGGUCCGACGCUGGACGCUGGAGACCAUUGCCGCAGUCUCCCCAGAGACGGCUCUUUGGUCGUCGUUUGCUUCGUACAACUACAAGAAGGACUUUCUCGGGACGAAACAUGGGUCAGAUACGGACGUCUUCUUUACUCGCAACAACAGCCACUUCCCCUCGAUUAGCGGGCGGACGUAUUACAUCAACUUCGCGUAUAAUGGGGAUCCCAACGAGGGGCUUGAUGUAAAUGUCACUUGGCCGGGAUGGAAGGAAGAUGGGCAGCUUUUGUGGUACAAUGCGACGCAGAAUGGGUAUUUGGCGGAUGAUUUCAGGAACGGCAGCUACAACUUUAUCAAGGAGCAUAUCGAUUCACUCAUCUUUUAG